ACAGCGAAGAGUAAGUCGGUGUCAGUUGAAUAUUAUGUAGUAACCACGGUUGUAGGUAGGGCAAGAUUUUCCAGCUUCGCUUCUUUCGGCAAAACGAUAGUAAAGUUGCUAGAACACGUACGUUCAAGUUGUCAGGCUACAGUUUUCUACAACGAAGACAACCUACACGAUUUGACCAUGCAGGCUCUUCUGCUCCUCCACACAUUGCUCCUAUUUUCCCUGAUGCCCUUCUGCUGGGGUGGUUUUGAUGACGGAGAGGAUUUGACGGAGUUUGAUGACAAUGACUUCACGGAGUUUGAGGAGAUGGGUGAUGAUGCAGGUGCUGAGGCUGAACCCGUGCCCCGAGUGAUGCUGGACAUCAGCCCACCCAAUAGCGGUGGCGACAAUGGAGCCCUCGAUGAUGAGGCCACUGUGGAGCUGGAGGGUGAUCAGGAGGGCUUUGAGGACUCUGACACUCUGGAGGAAGAUGUAUACAACAAGUAUGACACAGAGGAAUUUGAAGGCUUUGAGAAGUCCAGUUCUCCUCCUAAGGAUGAAAUCAAUUUCUUGAUGGUCCCUUCCCACCUGCACAGCGGCUGGGAGAGCUACUACAUAGAGAUUCUCAUGGUAACUGGGCUUUUGACCUACAUUGGGAACUACAUCAUUGGCAAGAACAAGAACAACCGGCUAGCGCAGGCCUGGCUCAACUCUCACAGAGAGCUUCUGGAGAAGAACUUUGCCCUUGUAGGUGAGAAGCAAGUCUUUUCUGAUUAGCUAGUAGGGAUUUUU